AUGAUUUCUAAGUCUAUCAUUAUCUAUACAGCGGUUCGGAUAAUAUUCCAGGUUGUGAUCCUGGUAGCGCUAGUGGUCGCCGUCACCGCUGACCACCACGCGUUCUCCUCGCAACACGUGCACAAACACGACGGACACCAUGAGGAAGUGUCUCACGGACACGGUCACCAUCACCAUCAUGACUAUUACACUCAUCCUAAAUAUGACUUCGAGUACAAAGUAGAGGACCAUCACACUGGCGACCACAAGAGCCAGCACGAGGAGCGCGACGGCGACGUGGUGAAGGGCUACUACGAGCUGAAGGAACCUGACGGUCACAUCAGACACGUGCACUACCACGCCGAUAAGCACUCAGGUUUCCAUGCGGACGUGAAGCACAGUACACACCACAUCUAUCACCAUCAUCAUUAAUCUGAUAAUAAAUAUUGUUAUUACU